UUGAAGCCGGGGCAGCGGCGGGGAAGGCCGGUCGCUGGGCGCUGCCGCCGCUCCCCCUCGCCCCGUGGCCGUUAUGCGGCGGGCGCUGCCGCCGCUCCGCGCUCUCCUCAGGGGCGGCGCGGCGGGACGGCCGCCCCGGCUCCCGGCGCUCAGCGGGCUCUGCGGCGCGCCUCCCGGCAUCCCAGCGCCGGCGGCCGAGGGCAGCGGCGGCAGCAGCACGCUCAACGUACUGCCAUCCUUUGGUUUUCUUUUUGACAUCGAUGGUGUACUGGUACGAGGAAAGACUCCAAUUCCUGCUGCAAAAACAGCCUUUCAAAAGCUAGUUAAUUCUCAGGGACAAUUCUUGGUGCCUGUAGUGUUUGUAACCAAUGCAGGGAAUUGCCUUCGCCAGAAAAAAGCUGAUCAGUUGUCUCAUCUGCUGGGAGUUCCAGUUUCACAAGAUCAAGUGAUGAUGUCACACAGCCCUCUGCGGAUGUUCAAACGUUAUCAUGAAAAAUGUGUUCUUGUAUCUGGACAAGGACCACUUCUUGAUAUUGCUCAAGACCUUGGUUUCUGUCAACCUAUUACCAUUGAAACAUUGCGGGAGAAGCACCCUUUGCUAGAUGUAGUUGACCAUGAGAGAAGACCUAACAUUCCGUACCCCCCUGCUGUGGAGCUUCCCAAGAUUGAGGCUGUGGUUUUGUUUGGGGAGCCAGUCAGAUGGGAAACCAAUCUCCAGUUGAUCAUAGAUGUUCUGCUGACGAGUGGCUAUCCUGGAAACCCGUAUCACCAUGAAAAUUACCCUCAUAUUCCUGUUCUUGCUUGUAAUAUGGAUCUGAUGUGGGUAGCUGAAGCACAGUCUCCAAGGUUUGGGCAUGGAACAUUCAUGGUUUGUUUGGAAAACAUUUACAAGAAGAUCACUGGCAAAGAUCUGAAAUAUGAGGCUUUAAUGGGCAAACCUAGUAAACUGACCUACCAGUAUGCAGAAUACCUCAUCAGGGCUCAGGCUGCAGAAAGGCAGUGGAAGCAACCCAUUCAAACUCUUUAUGCUGUUGGAGAUAAUCUCAUGACUGACGUCUAUGGUGCUAACCUUUACAACCGCUAUCUUGAAGAGAACUCCAGAAAAGGUUCAAAAUCCCGGAUUCAGGCCAAAGUUGCAGGUGGCAGAGGAUCUGCCACUCUCUCUCAGGAUGAUGAAAUAGAUAACAGUUGGGAGAAUGAAUUGGCAUCUGCAGCUGCUGUCCACUGUAGGUCUGUUCUUGUUUGUACUGGGGUUUACAACCCUCACACAGAGGUUCCCUUGGAUACCAGGGAGAGCAUAACUGAAACGGUGUUCCAUGGCCACAGAGAUUUUAGAUUUGAUCCUGGUUUAGUAGAACCGGAUCAUAUUGUACCAGAUGUUAAUGCUGCUGUAGACCUGGUCUUCCAGCUGGAGAACUUUGCACCCGAUUGAGAUGACAUGAUUUCUUAAGGACUACUCAGUGCUAUGCUUUUCUUCCCAAGAAAUAAACUGUGCUUUAAAAUUAUGCCACAAACUGCUGCUUUCUAAAAUUUUUAACUUUUAAAUUAAUACCAUCUUAUAUUAAAUAUACUUAUUAUGAGUAUAUGUAGGUAUAUAAUAUACUUAAUAUAAGUAUAUUAAAUAUCAAUAAUGCUUUUUAAAAUGCUUUGAAAUAUGUAAAUUCUUGCUUUAGUUGCCCUUUAUUGUCCUCCUAUUCAUUAUGUUAGGUAUUUUAAUAGCAAUUUUUCAUAGUAGGUUAUGCACAUUACUGGUACUUAAAUUCCCACAUGACAGUACCUCCUUUUGGUAGCUGGAAGAUUUAGCUUCUAGGCAUUGGGGAUCUUGAGGAUAUCAGACUGUGGUGCUUGGGUCAUUCACACAAUUACAAAUUGGCCAGUACAGAGCACAACACGUAUUACAGCGAGUAAUGAGUGCUCUUUCAAAUUAGAGCAAAGUUGAAGUGUGUUCUGCUAUGUCGUGCUUGCUGACACGUAACCCUGCAGCCUUUUUUUUGGUCUAUUUUCCCAUGUGUCUGGACCUGCUAUGGCUUCUGUCUACUCUGACAUGUAAAGCCUUAAUAGAAAUGCCCAUGUAGGAUGGAGAAGGCUGACGGUUAACACUGAUUUUGGAACUCCAACUAAGCUGAACUCACUGAAGUAAGGAAAGCGGCUAAUAUUGGGUGUCCUGUGUGGCAUAAUACCUGGCCUUUUUGUCUCUGCCUUUUUAUCUGCACUGUUUUGAGGAAUUUAGAAUUUUAGAAAGCUUUAGCAAUUAUGUUUCAGGCAUUUCUGUUGGUUGGACUCUUCCACUGAAUGACUACUGUUUGGGCAAAAAGUGCCUAGUAAUUUACUUGAAGCUUCAUACCACUGUGGUAAUUAACCUGCCUUCAGUGUAAUAUAUGUCAUCUUGUGUCAAUGUUGUAUGUUGUUUGGCUCAUGGAUUUUAUAGCUGUUCAUUUAUAAAAAAAAGUAAUUUAUUUGGUUAUUUUUGUAAAAUAUGUUUAAACUUUUUCAUCCAAAAUAUGUCUUUGAAAAUAAUUUUGUGUUAAUUUGUUAUAGUAUAUGGUGUACUUGUGACAUAAGCUUGGAAAACGUAAACCAAUUAAGUGUGUUUAAAAACAAAGUCAACUUACAAAUAUCACUUAAUAUCACUCCAGGGGCUAGUCAGGUUUUUAUGGUUGGGGUUUUGUUGGGGUUCUUUUUUUUUUUAAUUAUAAAUUGUUCAAACAAAAACUUGUGGGUCUCCAGUUUUCCCAACUCCUUGCAGAACUAGCAGAAUGCUAGCUUAAAAGCAUUGAUAGGUGGUGGCAUGAAGUGAAAUGAUUUCCUGGUCAGCUUCUUCACUGCUUAUUAUCCUGAAACCAAAAUCUGAAAACUCACAUCCCAAAGAGAAUGUUUCUGCUCUGAAGCCAGAUGUCUUUAUGUUGUGUUUUCUCCAUUUGCAAACCACUGUAAUCCCCCUCUCUACUAUCAGGAUUGUUGAUUCAUUCCCUCAUAAUGUUUCAUAACUAGCUUUCAACAUAUCUUGCUGGAUCCAGUUUAAGGACUGUUCUAAACAGUGUAUUUCCUGUUUCUUCACUGGGAAAGUAUUACAGCAGCACAUUCUUGCCUUUUUUAAUUGAUACAAUAAACAGAUAUAUACCUGUUUCUUUAGCACUUUUCUGUAAUAUGGCGAUUAUUUGCAAAGUAUGCCGAAUAUUUCUAAGUAAAGGUUGUAGUUUUGUAAAACGUCGGGGUGACUGAAGUUGUGUUGUUUCAAUACUGAAGCACGUUGCAGAGCUCUUCAACUGUUACCGGAAAGCGGUUUCAGGCUGUUGGUGAAGCAAGGAAUAAAAAUGUAAAAGUUGGU